AAGGCAUCCCAAUUCCCAACUUUACAGUACUUUUUUGUCUUGAUUCAAUUUGAAGAAUCAGUCUAUUUUACUCCCUCUUCAUUGGUUGAGCUGAGGGAGAGAAACACAACAAUAUGUCUACUCUUCACUUGGGUAUCACCCUUUCUUCUUCAUCUCCAAUGUUCUUGCCCAGUAAUUCUCAUAUACCCAAAAAUGGCUUACCCUCACUCUCACUUUUUCCCACUUCAAAAACCAGCUUUUUAAAGAGUCCUUUCUACUUUGCUAAUUCUACCUGUAGAAGAACCUAUAGUCAUGGUGACACAAGAAUGGGUCUUUUCAAGAUUACUUGUUCUGCCACUUCAGCAAAUCUAAACAAGGUGUCAGAUGUAGUAGUGGUGGAGCAGAAAAGUGUUUCUGUGAUUCUCCUUGCUGGAGGGAAGGGGAAAAGAAUGGGUGCAAGCAUGCCAAAGCAGUAUCUUCCACUUCUAGGCCAGCCAAUUGCAUUGUACAGUUUCUACACUUUCUCCCGGAUGCCUCAGGUGAAGGAAAUCAUUGUUGUAUGUGACCCUUCUUAUAAAGACAUUUUUGAAGAUGCCAAAGAGAAUAUCCAAGUCGACUUAAAAUUUGCAUUGCCUGGGAAGGAAAGACAAGAUUCUGUAUACAGCGGACUUCAGGAAGUUGAUUCAAACUCCAAACUUGCAUGCAUCCAUGACUCGGCAAGACCUCUUGUACUAACCGAAGAUGUAGAAAAGGUCUUGAAGGAUGGUUGGCUGGUUGGAGCAGCAGUUCUUGGUGUUCCUGCCAAAGCAACAAUCAAAGAGGCAAACAGUGAGUCUUUUGUUGUGAAAACUCUUGACAGGAAAACACUUUGGGAAAUGCAGACACCUCAGGUAAUCAAGCCUGAGUUGCUUAAGAAGGGUUUCGAGCUUGUCAAUAGGGGAGGACUUGAAGUAACAGAUGAUGUAUCAAUAGUGGAGCACCUUAAACAUCCUGUAUAUAUUACUGAAGGCUCUUACACUAAUAUAAAGGUCACAACGCCUGAUGAUAUGCUACUCGCAGAGAGAAUAUUGCACAUUGAAGAAUCUUAGAGUUUUUAAUUUUCUUAGGCUUUCUUUUUUCAACCAUUAUACUUUCCCCGGAAAUUUGUAAUCUGAAUAGGUGAAGUACCAAAAAAAAAAAAAAAAAAGAAUUGCUGAAGUAAGCCUUUCACAGAGUUCUCAGAAAUUUUUGAGUCUUGUAAACUUUGUAGCAAAGAAUUUUUCCCCAGGUCUCCAGCUAAUGAAUGAGAACUUGACAAAAA